AUGUCAAAUCCCCACAACCCCCCACUUGCAAUCUCUCUCCCUUCCCGCCGUGACCCAGUAUCCUUCGUCGUUUCCGUAUGUUUGUUUGCUCCCAAGAAAAAAAAGGUCAUGUAUGUACAUAGCAAAAAAAGAAGGGAGCCCAAACCAACCACAAGAAACAACAGCAAAGAGAGAGUGCAGUAUCGGGAGAGGAUUGAGAAUCUGUGGGGGAGGGGAGGAGAAAAAAGAAAAUAAA